AUGCUGCAAACAGCCCACGUGCAAGACGCGCGCCAUUGGUUUGUGGCACAAACCAUAUACUGCACAAACUUUGUGCAGUACGCUCACGCGGUCUUUACGCUCUGUCAGCAGACCGAGGUCGAGCUCAUCUCGGGCUACAUCCAGAAACUCUCGCGCACGGUGGGUCGGGCCGAGCGACUGGACCCGGCGGACGACGCGGUCGAGCGCAUCCGAGUGGCCGUGCGGUUUGUGCUAGAGCACUAUGCACGUGUGUUUCGGCGCGGCCUCGAAUCCAAGGCGCCGAGUGAUCCAGCGGUGUUGCGCAAGGCGUCGGCGUGGUACUACGUGGGCUACACGCACCACGAGCAGAUGCAAGGGCUGCUGCCGUACCGCAGCUUUGCGUGGCUGGCGCUGGAGCCGAUGCUUGUCCUAUUUCGCCCAGAUCGCCAGGUGUCGUCGACCUCGCACCGGUAA